ACAUUGUUUCGAUCUAGUUAAGCUUGCUUUCUUUUUUUUUGUUCUUGAACUUGGGUAAGUUAAGCUUGCUUUCAGUUUCAUUAAUUCCCACCUACCCUAGUUAAGUCCAUCAUGACUGAGCCAACCCUUGUCGCCAAAAAAGAACUGAAAAAAACUGAUACGAAGCACAGGUUUAGCGUGCCAAUGACGGUGUUACCCUUGCUCCCACCAUUCAAUGGUGGUCAUUUCGUGGCUGUGGACAUUUGGCAUGGCUCAAAACGUUGGCCUAUGGGCAUAUCCAUUCGCACGUGUGGCCACAAAAAACCUGUAAUCUCUAGGUGUUGGAAAUCCUUUGUCCGCGAAAAUCAGUUGGAGGUUGGUGAUGCAGUCACAAUCUUCAGGGACGAAGAUGAAACCGGAAUCCGGUAUCGGAUUGAGAUCGAGAGAAGGAGCAACGCACCCAGGCCAACUCCAGUCGCUGGGCCAACCGCCCACAACAGUAAUGUCAAUGUGGAGGUCGCUGCAAACAUCCCUGCCAUCAAACAAGAGAUGCAACCGGCCCUUGGAAAUGUUCUGCCAAUUGCAUGGAACGCUGAAGAGCUCAGUUUGAAGCCAGAUGACAAGAAUUUGGGGUUGACACUGCACAAGGGACUGCAAGCGCCCAUGUUUCCUUUUCCAGCAGAAGUGGAACUCAAGAGCACUGGUGGCGUGCAGCAGCAAAUUGGCCAUGAAACCCACCAUGAUGAUCCUAAAACAGCCAAUUUGAACCCAAUUCUUAAUCAAACCAGUGCAGAUGAAUCUCGUCUGAACUUAGACCUGAAUCUGCCACCACCUGUGGUGGCCUGUGAAGCAAAUCAGGUGCCUACAAUGGGUUUUGAUUAGUUCCGUGGACUUUCCUGUUGAGCAGUCAGUAGAGACAUUUAGUCAGUUUGAUUGGUAGAUAAGCAGAAUUUUUUCAAUUUAGUUUACUGAUCACUCAGUUCUUGGAUUGCUUUUGCAGUCAUUUGAUAAGAGAAUGGAGGACAACGGUGUGAUUGCAAAAGAUGUUCCUGAAGUAUGUUGUCUUCUUUAUCUUUGCUAUGAUACUAUAAUAAUCUAUUUAGGUUUUG